GGGCACACAUUUUAAAGAGAAAUAUCUUCACUCCCAAACUCUAAUCGGUCAACUAACUGGAACGAUUGCAAGCCAGACUGAUAAAAUCGAAUUGGAAAAAGGUCUCUCUCUUUUCCCAAGAAGUAAAGCGCCACUGAUUCUCUCUCUUUAUGCACUUUAAUCUGCAACUUGUGGCGUUAUAUUCAGCUCCGCGGAGCUGAGAAAGAGUACAGUGAAAGUGAAGCAUCCUUAAUUUCGAUCGCAGGUUGCGAUUCUCAAGUCUGCGAGCGUCUGUUUUAGGGUUUUAAAAAUAAUUUCGUUUCAGAUCAGCCGCCUGUAUCGAUUUUGAAAUAUUUUCAGGGAGCUCUCCAUAAUUACCAAAUGGAGACCAAAUUAGAGCAGAAGGACGCUGGUGAGUGGGUCUACAGAGGCGAAGGUGCUGCCAAUUUAGUCCUUGCUUAUACUGGAUCAUCUCCUCUCUUCGUCGGGAAGGUAAUGAGAAUACAGAAAAUAGCAAGGAAUGGAUCUUCACGUCGACUGGGUGAGCACACAGUAUUGACAGAGCAAGAGCGGUUACUAUGGCGGGAGUCAAAAGAGCUAGUAUCGGCUCCUACAAAAGAACUAGCGGAGUGGUUUUAUGUGAAGCAUGUCAUGAGCCCUUUGUUGGGUCCCAAACACGUAGAUGCCGGUAUGCAUGUUUCAGUGUCUAGAGAUUUUCUUGAAUCCAUAGAGAAGAAAGUGAUUUCCCAGCGUCCUGCCUGGAGAGUUGAUGCUGCCAAGAUCGAUACAGACCGGGAUUUUGUGCUUAUCAUGACUGAUCACUCUUUAUUUCCUCAUGGUAGCCUUAAAGUUGGACCCUGCAUAUCUGUUGAGAUAAAGCCCAAAUGUGGAUUUCUCCCAUCAUCAAGGUUUAUUGCUGAAAGAAAUUCCAUCAAGAGGAGCACAGCUCGUUUUAGAAUGCACCAAGUCCUGAAGUUGAGCCAACAUGAGAUAUCAGAGUUGAGCCAGUAUGAUCCUCUGGACAUUUUCUCUGGUUCGAAGGAAAGAAUACACAAAGCCAUCAACGAUCUCUACACCACCCCUCAAAACAAUUUCCGUGUAUUCUUAAAUGGUUCUCUUAUAUUUGGGGGCUUGGGUGGUGGCACAAGCAAAACUAGUGCUUUGAUUGAAAAAGCUUUUGAAGAUGCAUUGAAGGGAGUCAUCCAGGCGGAUGAUGGUUUGCGUACAAGGAGUUUUAUAGAGCUUGUUGCUGAGACAGUUUAUAGUUCUCGAGUACUGGAUCAGCUUCUUGAAGCUCAAAAGCUUGAUAAUUUUGACAUUGAGGGGGCAGUUCAUGCAUAUUAUAACAUAAUUUCUCAGCCUUGUAUGGUAUGCAGAGAAUUGGAUGAAGCAAGAUUGCCACAUAGAUAUGCCUCCUUGCAUUCCAUUCCUAUGGAUGACAGCUUGAAGAUCGUGAAGGACUAUUUGAUUGCUGCGACAGCAAAGGACUGUAGUAUGAUGAUCAGCUUUAAACCAAUGGAAGAUAGGGGUUUAGGAUCUCAAUAUAGUAGUAUAUAUCUGCAAUCAACCAACCAAAAUUUUGAUUACAAGGUGAGUUUCCUUGACUUGGAUUUGAAACCCUUAAAGAAGAUGGAAACCUAUUAUGAAAAGGAUGAGAAAAUAAUGAGCUGCUAUUCCGCAAUGGUGGAAACAAACUGUACGAAAGCCAACACUAUGAGCAUGGAAGUUUAUGAAACUAUAAAGUAGAUUCAGCAAGAGUAUAGAGCAUUCUUAUUUUACUGAAAAAUUUGAUUGAGUAACUGUAUUGAAGAUCAGCGCCUGAUUCUAGAGCUUGAUUUCAGAUCAGGAUUUGCAGAAUGAAGUCAAGAUGGAAGACUCGACUGAUCUUGUAUAUUAAUUGACCAAAUACAACAAACAUGGGUCCAUACAUUGCUAGCAGUAUGCAGCUGUACCAUGUGCUCGAUGAUGAGCUGCUAAGAUGUUAAAGGUAUUUCUGUGUGUAUAAGAAUGGGACCUAUUUUGGACUCUUUUAAUGCAUGUACAAUCAUAAAAGGACGUAAAAUGUGGCAGGAGUAGGAUUAGAUGUGCCCAUUAUGUGGACUCCAAUGGGCUCUAUAGUUGAACUCAUGAACUAAAUAGCUAUUCUAUGCCUUCUUGGCCAUGCCAAUAUGUAAUAUCAGGUCACAAAUGCUGUUUCUUCAAAACAUCCUACAUGAAUGCUCUAUUUCUCAUUCUCUGUGAAAAACAGUAAAUUACGCUCGUCACUAGUCAUGCAUAUGCCAAUUCUGUAGUUAACCAUUGACAAUGAUUUCCUCAAUAAUGUGAUGGUUAGACACAUAUGGCGUGACUGCUACAUUUGUAUGUAUGGACAUGUACAUCCUUCUGGGUUGCACUUGCACACAGGUUGCAUCCCCAUGGAAGAUUUUGUGAGACGUGAAAUUGAAAUGUGUUGCUUGUCUAUGGAUGUGGUAUGUGAAAUUGAAAUGUGUUGCUUAUCUGAGAUUAUAUGUGAAAACACAUUCUAAUAUCAAAUUUCUUGCGAGUAAAUUUUGCAUUCAAUGAAUGUAGGAGGUAACAGUUGAUCCAAUCUAGUACCCUUCUGACAUGCAUUUACUGCUUGUCACCUACUUACAUUUACUCCAUUUUGCCUUUGUCCAAGAUCAAGUAAAGUAAAUGUAAUAAUAUCAUAUGAUUUUAUUGCAUAAUCAGGCAAAACAAGUGCCCAAUAAAUUAUAUAUAGCAUCUCUGAAUCCUUCCAUACUUCUGCAUAAGCCUAUUCUAUUCCACUUUAUUGUUUUUUAUUUUUUUUGAAAUUUGUGUCAGAAACAUGCCGAAGAAGACUAUAGUGUCAGUGGAGCUGCUAUGUUCAAAAUGCAGGCAGAAGGUAAUGAAAUUAAUUGCAACCAUAGAAGACAUAACUUCGAUCGUCCUUGAUCCUGCCAAGAACACAGUGACAGUGAUCGGUGAAGCUGAUCCAGUGAAAAUCAUUAACAAGGUGAGGAAAUUUCGAAAGUCUGCAACAAUUGUGAGCAUAGGGCCUCCUAAGGAAGAGAAGAAGGACGAUAAAGAUUCAUUGAAGAGAGAACUUGUUGUGCCUUGUGUUCCAAGGACUUGUCAGCGAUGCGAUGUUUGGUACGUGGUUGGUGAUGAUCUUUAUACUUACUGUUCUGUAAUGUAAAUGAGAAUGUAGAAUGUGUAUUAAUCAGUAUGUUCUCUUGUGUUUUAAAUCCUUAGUUCUAUUAAUAAAAUGAAAAUUAAUUCUUAGUAAGAAGCUAGUGUUGGGGCUGAUACUCUAGCAAGAGCUUCUGAUCGAUAUGCUAGUCUCAAGCAAUGAGAUUAUUCCUGACUGUACUUCAUUAUUAUUUUCUUAAUAUUAUUGGGUUUUAUCCUUAAAAAAAA